CCGGAUCCCGUGACCAAGAAGCGGAGAUGGCGGCGUCCCGGCGUGAGGGGCGUGUCCAGAUAGCUCGGGCACAAGAUGGCGCUGCCCAUAGCGCGUGUGCUGCGUCGCUGUAGAGCCGAGUCGUUGGGGGCCACGGCCGCUGCCACCCGGAGAGCUAUCAGUUUCAAGCUAGAAGAAAAGACGGCUCAUACCAGCCUUGCACUCUUCAAGGGGGAGACCGGUGUUAAGUAUGGCAUGGUGGGGCUGGAGCCCACCAAAGUGGCCCUCAACGUGGAACGCUUUAAGGAGUGGGCUGUGGUGCUGGGUAACACUGCGGUCACCAGUGGUCGGCACUAUUGGGAGGUAACAGUCAAGAAAUCUCAGCAUUUCCGAAUAGGUGUGGCGGAUGUAGACAUACCACGGGAUUGUUGUAUUGGUGUGGAUGAGCAUUCCUGGGUGUUCACCUAUGCUCACCGGAAGUGGCAUGCCAUGCUGGCCAAUGAGAGUGCCCCCAUAACAGGCGUUGGCCAGCCUGAGAAGGUGGGGCUGCUGCUGGAGUAUGAGGCGCAGAGACUGAGCCUGGUGGAUGUGAGCCGGCCUGCUGUGCUAUACACUUUAAGGACACAGUUCCGGGGCCCAGUGAUACCUGCCUUUGCCCUUUGGGAUGGGGAACUGCUGACUCACUCAGGGCUUGAUGUGCCUGAAGGAAUCUAGGAUGGCUUGACUAGAGCCUUGCACUGAAGCCCCUGGGUGGGCCCUUUUAUAUGUCUAGCCUAGUUUAUUCUAGACCUCAUACUUACUCAGCCAGUACUAUUGGGCACUUGUGCAAUAUCUUAAAUCCUUCUGUCAUUCUUUCUAAUAUUCCCUAUGAAGGUUGAAGAGACAGCUCCCAAUUCUGCCAGACACAUGAGUCUGAUUUUGGUGGGGACCAUAGAGAAUGAUACCUGUACCUCCCAUUGGGCCACUAAUUAGUCUUAGAUUUUACGCAUUCUGAAAGUUUGCCCCACAGUUCUACUUUUCUUUGUUACUAUAAUUCUACAUGAGAGAUAAACCAAGGUGACCCUUU